AUCCGGGUCCUUGGGCUUCGCGCUCUACGCGCCGGCCGGGUAGCUCACCGGUAGUGGAGUGUUUGGUGGUUCCCGCUGUUCCAGCGUUCUAAGAACCGGUAGUUCCGCCGGUUUGACCUUCUUAUCCCAGAAGCUGUGUAUCACCAUAAUGAGGCUUGUCAUUCUUGAUAACUAUGACUUGGCUAGUGAGUGGGCAGCCAAGUACAUCUGUAAUCGCAUCAUUCAGUUCAAGCCUGGACAGGACAGAUAUUUUACGCUGGGUUUACCAACAGGGAGUACACCUUUAGGAUGUUAUAAAAAACUGAUAGAAUAUCACAAGAAGGGAGACCUGUCUUUUAAAUAUGUGAAGACCUUUAACAUGGACGAAUAUGUAGGACUUCCAAGAAAUCAUCCUGAAAGCUACCAUUCUUAUAUGUGGAAUAACUUUUUUAAGCAUAUUGAUAUAGACCCCAAUAAUGCACAUAUCCUUGAUGGGAAUGCUGCAGAUUUACAAGCAGAAUGUGAUGCUUUUGAAAAGAAAAUAAAAGAAGCUGGAGGGAUAGACCUUUUUGUUGGAGGAAUUGGUCCGGAUGGUCAUAUUGCUUUCAAUGAACCAGGAUCCAGUUUAGUGUCGAGGACAAGAUUAAAGACCUUAGCAAUGGACACCAUUUUGGCAAAUGCUAAAUACUUUGAUGGAGAUUUAUCAAAAGUGCCAACUAUGGCUCUAACUGUUGGCGUGGGAACAGUGAUGGAUGCUAGAGAAGUGAUGAUCCUCAUUACAGGUGCACACAAGGCCUUUGCCCUGUACAAAGCGAUCGAAGAAGGGGUCAAUCACAUGUGGACUGUUUCAGCUUUCCAGCAGCACCCCCGAACUAUUUUUGUAUGUGAUGAAGAUGCUACCUUAGAAUUAAGAGUUAAAACUGUGAAAUACUUUAAAGGUUUAAUGCAUGUGCACAAUAAACUUGUGGAUCCACUACACAGUAUGAAAGAAGGAAAUUGAAGGAGAUUGGAGCAAAAUUCUGCUUGAAUGAACAGAACACUCUUAUAUUUAGUAGAUGAAUUUUCAGCUAUGCAGUAUGAUAAAUCAUGGGCAAUUUUAAAGAUUGUCAUUUUAAAAGUCCAGUGUCUAUGUUAAACAUUCCAUUUUUAGAAUGUGUCUAUUUUAUACUAGGAUAUAAAGGAAGUAGCUGGCUGUCCAGAUGGAUUGGCUGUCAUUUUAUAUAGUUCAGAAGCCACAUAGCCACCUCUGAAACGGCACAGAAGUGAAAUGUCUGCCUACUUGAAGGGGGAAGGCUGUAUAUACAUCAGGUAUCAUUUGUGACGUGAUUCCAGUGGCACACCUGGAUUUUUAUGUCUUAAAUUACAAGAGGACACUCCAAGCCUUUCAGCUAUCAAAGAACUACCACUACAAUCCUUUGCUUUAGGAAUGCUGUCUUCAUAUUUCCUGUGCAUUAUACAUUGGCUUUUCUGCACGUGGUUGCCUUAGUAUCUCUGGCAGUAACACCUGCACAACAUAAGUCAUGCUCUAUGUUGUUGGUAAAGGAAUUUUGAAGAGAUGAUCGUGCCUAAAAGUACAGUUUACAUCCUUUUGGAAAAUAUGUAUAAGUGCAUGAUUUUUGUGCACCUUCUAUAGCACUUUUUUACAAAUAUGUUAUUUUUAAUGACUAGGGUUCAUGCCCUUAAUAUAAGUAUCUUGGCAAUUAUGAGCUUUAUACCUAGCAACACACUUAAGGAAAUUUUUAAAGAAUAUUUUCUGAUUGUUAAAUUAAUAAAUUAGCAUUAUUCCAUAUAUACACACAC